UAAUAUACAUGCAUCCAUCAGCUGUUUUAGUUGUGUUUUGUGGACCGUUUGAGUGGGGGUCAAAAUUCACGUAUUUUACUUGUACACAAUAUUAUAACAUAUAAAUGAAUGGUGGUGUAACUCUAAAGUCAAAGCUUACUGUACGAAUUCUUGUUGUAUAAAAUAGAAAGAAAUUGCACAAAAUCACAAUGCUGUUGAACUGCACCAGGGUGAAGCACAUGUGCACAACAUUACGAAUUACCCAAAUACCUUGCGUAGUCCGCAGAUUUCCAAUGAAUUCGUCUAGCAUACACAACUAUAUGCUAAGGCGGCAACAUCAUCAUCAUCAUCAUCUAUAUAACAUUCGACCGCCUGCUGGCCGGCAGCUGCUUAGCUCCCCAUCUUCUUCCCUGCCGACAGGCUCUGUUGGAGCAGGUGUUCGGUCAUCCAGAUGGACGGCACGUUUGCUCAACGUACGACGAUGCAUGAGCAGCCAAGAUGCGAAGCUGCCAGAACCCAAAAUGGGGUCCGUCAUUGAGAACGCCAAAUUCGCGACCUCACGUCUCAUCCGUAUGAUGAAGGAAGAGAAGUGGGUGCUCCUAAUGGGGCUUGCUUGCUUGGUCAUCUCCUCGACCAUCACCAUGAGCGUACCCUACUUCCUGGGGAAGGUCAUUGAUAUAGUGUUCAAUAAGAAUGGUAUGGACGAAUCGGCCGUAAGCUCUUUGCAGGACUACUCCAAGAUGCUCGUCGGCAUUUUUGUCAUUGGCGGCCUGGCCAACUUCUCCCGAGUUUAUUUAUUUGGCUCCGCAGCUUUGCGCAUUGUGCGCAGACUGCGCUCCAGAUUGUAUCGAUCAAUGCUGAUGCAGGAGGUGUCCUGGUUCGAUACACGCGGCACUGGCGAGCUCGUCAAUCGCUUGAGCAACGACACUUACUUUGUGGGCACCUCGCUUAGUCAGAACAUUUCCGAUGGCUUUCGCUCGCUGGCCAUGAUUGGUGUUGGCGCCUUCAUGAUGGUCUAUACGUCGGCCAAACUGGCGCUUAUCAGCGCUUUGAUUGUGCCCGCCCUGGCUGGUAUUGCCAUCGUCUAUGGACGUUAUGUGCGUCGCAUAACCAAAACCGAAAUGGAUAAAUUUGCGGAAGUGAUGAAGCAUGCCGAGGAGCGUUUCGGCAAUGUGCGCACCGUCAAGGUGUUCGGUCGCGAGAACUCUGAGUGCGCGGAGUAUGACAAGCAACUUGACGAAGCCAUCCAAAUUGGCUACAAGGAGACAAAAGCUAGAUCUGUAUUCUUUGGUCUGACUGGCUUCUCAGGUAACGUGGUCAUCAUAUCGGUGCUUUACUAUGGUGGCACUUUGGUGCUCAACGAGGAGCUCUCCAUUGGGGCCAUGACCUCGUUUAUGCUGUAUGCCGGCUAUUCAGCUGUCGCCAUGAAUGGCCUGUCCAACUUCUACAGUCAGCUCAACAAAGGGAUUGGCGCUUCGCAGCGGAUUUGGGAGAUCAUGGAUAGGGAGUAUGCCAUGCCGAUUGAUAAGGGCAUUAUGCCAACGACCGAGGCGAUUGGCGAAGUUGAAUUUCGCAACAUUAGCUUUGCAUACCCGUCUCGCGUGGACAGCAAAGUGCUAUCGGAUUUCUCGCUUAAGUUAAAUCCAAAUGAGACGACCGCCUUGGUGGGCCGCUCCGGGUCGGGCAAAUCAACGACGGCAAUGCUUCUGAUGCGUCUGUAUGAUCCGCAGCAGGGUGCCAUCUACCUGGAUGGAGUCGAUUUGAAAACAUUGAAUCCACAUUGGUUACGUCAACAUGUAAGCGCUGUCAGCCAGGAGCCUGUACUCUUCUCCGGGUCCAUACGCUCGAACAUACUGUACGGUCUGCAGCCUGAUAAGGUGCCCGAUGAGCAGCUAUUCCAAAAAGUGGUCAGGGACUCAAAUGUCAACGAAUUUGUCAGCCAUCUGCCCGAUGGUCUAGAAACUAUUGUGGGCCAAAGGGGAAUCCUUUUGAGUGGCGGACAAAAGCAACGUGUAGCCAUUGCCAGGGCGCUCAUUAAAAAUCCCACCAUACUCAUCCUGGAUGAGGCGACAAGUGCACUGGAUGCCGUUUCGGAGGAGCUGGUGCAGACGGCGCUGGAAAAGCUCAUCCGAGGACGAACUGUGAUUACCAUUGCUCAUCGUCUAAGCACAAUACAUCAAGCACACAAAAUAGCUGUCAUUGAUGAUGGACGUGUUGUGGAGGAAGGUACCUUUGGGCAACUGAUGAACAAGUCAAAUGGCGUAUUCAAGGAGCUGGUAUCCAAACAAGCACUUGGAAGCAAGCCGUAGUUCUUAACGCAUCGCGAAAACUUCACAAGGUGUUCAUAUAUUUAUACAUAUGUGUAUACAUAUAGUAGUAUAUUGCCAGACAAGACAAAUUUACAAAAGAUUGUUAUUAUUUUUACAAAAUCAACUAAGCAUAUUGUCGAGCUCUGUUCCAAUCUGUUUAUGACCGGUGGAGACUUAGUUCAAUCCAGUGUUGAAUUGUUUAAAGAAGCAAAUUCUAAAUGUUAAAGUUAAUGAAAUAAUGUUAAGUUAAUAAAUGGACAAAUUUUACAUU